UUGUAUUUAUGUGGCAUGCAAAAUGAAUUGACUGAGAUCCUCAAUUAUUUUAUCUGUAAAUAUCAGGGUACAUCUUCUACAGUUAGUUAUGAUUCUUGCUUGGCUAGCAUGAUUUCGAAGGCAAACAUAUUAAUUGUUGAAGGCUAUUUAUUUGAACUUCCCGAUACAAUAAGAACAUUAACAAAAGCAUGUGAAGAAGCACACAGGAGCGGGGCACUUGUUGCAGUCACAGCAUCAGAUGUAUCCUGCAUUGAGAGACACUAUGAUGAUUUCUGGGAUAUUAUUGGUAAUUACGCCGACAUUGUGUUUGCAAAUAGUGAUGAGGCAAGAGCUUUCUGUCAAUUUUCGUCAAAGGAAAAUCCCAUUUCAGCCGCCCAGUAUCUGAGCCACUUUGUUCCUUUUGUGUCUGUUACUGAUGGGCAAAGAGGCUCAUACAUUGGUGUAAAGGGAGAAGCUGUAUAUAUCCCUCCUUCUCCAUGUGCGCCAGUAGAUACUUGUGGUGCUGGGGAUGCAUAUGCAUCUGGAAUUUUGUAUGGUAUAUUAAGAGGCAUGUCUGAUUUAAAAGGCAUGGGUACAUUAGCAGCUAGGAUUGCAGCUACGGUUGUCGGGCAGCAAGGGACCCGACUCCGAGUUCAAGAUGCUGUGGAGCUGGCAAAGUCAUUUGCAUUCCGUUUUGAGAGUUCAAAUGUCAGGUCAGAUGUUGGAUCUGAUCAGAUUUCCAGCUUGUAAUUUGGCCUUGUGCCCUCUGCUGAUUCUUCAAUUCUUUUGUAUUCCCUUCUCUAUAUAGCAUUGUAACUCUGUACAUUAUGAUAAUACAAAUAUGAACGGUCUAUUGAUCAGUUUAUUUAUUUGC